AGGAAGUCCAAGCUAAAAUAUGUUUGCCGACACUCUACUUAUUGUGGCGAUAUCAAUAUGUACUGCAUUGUUUGCAGAAGGGGUAACAUAUGUGUUAGUUUAUCGGACAGAAAAGUACAAAAAGCUGAAAACAAGCAUUGAGAAGCAAACAAAAAAACUGGACAAGAAGAAAGAAACAGUGACUGACAUAAGUAGACAACCAGGACAUAAAAAGAAAAUAGAAAAAGAAGAGGAACGGCUGAAAAGUGAAAAGAGGGACCUGAGUUAUGUUAAAAUGCAGUCAAUGUUUGUCAUCGGUUUUAUAUUCACAUCUCUCAUGGGAAUGUUCAAUUCUAUAUUUGAUGGUAGAGUGGUAGGUAAACUCCCCUUCACUCCCAUCUCCUUCCUGCAAGGGAUAUCUCACCGGAACCUUGCUGGUGAUGAUUAUACAGACUGCAGCUUUAUCUUCCUCUACAUCCUCUGCACUAUGAGCAUAAGACAGAACAUUCAGAAGAUGUUGGGAUUUGCUCCGUCGAGAGCUGUUAGCAAGGUUGGCGGUAUAUUCACUCCCCCUGCAAGCUUCAAACAGAGUUAGAUUGCUCAGUGCUAUGAACAAAGACAAUUAUAAUUACAUUCUUGAUAUCGAUUUGAUUAAUAUAAGAUAUGUGGGAGUAAUUUAGACAUAUUGUAGUCAGGAAAUUUAAGAAGCAAUUUGUAUUUAGAUUUAAUGUUUAAUUGUCCAACCCUUAAAUUUGAACUGUAAAUUCUGCAUAAUGAAAUGCCUUAACCUCUGUUUACGAAAGUGCUAUAUAUAUUAUAUCUUCUAGUCAACUAAAGUAUAGCAUUCAGUUAGCUGUAGUAAUUUAAUGACACCAUUAGUAAUGAUUAGGCAAUAGGCAAAUACACUAUUAGUAUUUAUGAUUUUAGAAGGUCAGGUGGUAGGUUUAAUUAAUGUCAGUGAAAUAUCUUUAUUUUAACAGUAGGUUCACUUCUUUAUCUUUAAAAAUCUUUAAAAUGGUCAUUGUUUAAACUUUACCAUUUAUUUUUCUAAUAAGUCAAUAAACAACUGUCAUAGUUAAUUGGCUAUAUCUAAUUUGAGUGCACUUUCCAAGUUUGUAUGUCGAAUGCCAUAAUUUAAAGAUGUGCUCCUUUGUCAACGGUUACACUCGACUUCCCAAUAAAUUUGAACUUUGAAAACUAACUAUAAUGAUUGUGUGUAUAGGAAUAGUGAUAAAGUUUGUGAUUCAUGAUAUUUUAUAAUUUACAUUCAUUGCAAUAAUAUUUUCGUUUCUGUGGAAGUCAGGCGGAUUUUAUUUACAGUAGUAUCAAUGACAUAAUUUUCUCAUAUCCACACAAAAAUAUCAAAAUACAAUAAAUAUUGAAAAGAAAUUACUGAAACUAAGUGCAGGAUAUAUGAUUUCAAGCGAUGUUGACCUCUCAAGUGAACUAUUAGCUCGUAGACUACAAGAGGAGGAGGACCAGAGGGCCGCCUUUCAACUUCAACAUCAGUUCAACAGAGGUCCCAUCAGAUUAGGCCGAGUUCCCACACAUGCGCUAAAUAUCUCCCCGGGGCCCUCUACCUCUGUUGUUCCUGUUCAGUACUAUGUAGCCUCAGAUGAGGAACCAGACGAUGAUGUUAGGGAGUUGAGUUUUGUUCAGCUGAGUGAUGAUGAAAUGUCCGACAGGGUUAUCCCAAUGUCACCUGACACUGACCGGCUUGUGACAGAUGCUCUGAACACAGCGUUUACAACUCCUGUCCAUACGUCACGCUCAUCACGUGUUAAUCAGACUAGUGAUGAUGUUGUUAUUUUAGAUGAUUCUGUGGUGGAAGAUUCACGGCCACCAAGAACACGACGUCAACCCUCCUCUGAUGAGUCGGAUAAUUUAGUCCUUACUGUUGGUCGAUCUACAAGAUCUCAGACUCGGGCUUCGUCUAUCAGUUCAAGUAUUGUUAUCACGAACAACAGUCAGGCUCCCAGUGCAAACACUCGGUCAAGGACCAGAAGCAACCAAAACAGAGGGAGAAGUUCGAGCUCAAGAUCCCCAACAACAACCACUCGUUUAACACGCUCUUCCGGAUCAGCGACUUCUGAUACUCAAACUGUUCAAAUUUCAGAUAAUCGGCCUACGUUACAGCAACUUUCAGCCUCAUCAACUGUAACUCAGAAUCGAACAGCUACGAAUAGGAGGUCUACAAAUCGCAGUAGUAAUAAUAGACAACAAUCCAGCAGCAAUAACAGUAAUGGAAAUACUAAUUCAGAUAAUCUGCCUGGUACCUCAUCAGGCCGUAGAGCCAACCGAGCUCGAGGCAAUAUCUUCAAUAGAAUCCGGGGUGGAGGACAUCAAAUAUCAUCCCGUAUCAUCCUCAAUGGAGUUCCAAUCACAGAUUCUAGUUAUGGUAUGUCAGGGUUUUUAAACGGGGUGCCUGUUCCUCCAGGUUUCUUACAAGGGAAUUUAAGGAAUGCGGGACCUCAGUGGUGGGCACAACAAGGUCUUAGAGGACCGGGCAGUCAUGGGGUUCACCUGAUAUUCGGCCAGGGUUCAGAUAACAUGACAUACGAACAGAUGAUUGCUCUAGACGAGGAAUCGUCCUUGGAACCAGGGCAGGGUCUCUCAAAACACGAUAUAUCUCAAAGCACCCUGACUCAGUCUUACAAAAGCUCAGAUAACCCAAAUGAUAAGUCAAGUUGCAAUAUUUGUCUCAGUGAGUUUGAUGAGGGUGAAAAGAUCAGAACUUUACCUUGUUUUCACUCCUUCCAUACUCAGUGUAUUGAUAACUGGUUGAACAGAAAGGCAGAGUGCCCUGUUUGUCGAUCACCAGUAGAACCACCUUGAAAAUUAAUCUUUUGAUCAACUGGAACGUUAUGUAGAUAUGAUUUGAAAUUUUGAUUAUUAUGAAGUUCAAUGAAUGGGCGUCUGGCUCAAUUUUUAAAAUUAGGGUAUAAUCUGAUGUUUUCGACACU